ACCUCCUCCCUUCCAAUGAAAUGAAACUAACAGCCUCCUGGACCCAGGCAGCAGAAGAGAUCGAAGCUAAAAGGUUUUCCCCGCCAGCUCUGUCCCCUCUGGCUCUCCUAUCCCAGCAUCAUGAUGAAGCUCAGUGAUACCCCGGCCAGGUCUCUAGACAAGUUCAUCGAAGACCACCUCCUGCCAGACGAGGAUUUCCACACACAGGUCCAUGAAGCCAUCCAUAUCAUCUGCAGUUUCCUGAAGGAGAGGUGUUUCCUAUGGGCCCCCCACCCUGUUUGGGUGUCCAAAGUUGUGAAGGGUGGCUCCUCAGGCAAAGGCACGACCCUCAGGGGCCGAUCAGAUGCUGACCUCGUCGUCUUCCUCACCAAUCUUACAAGUUUUCAGGAACAACUUCAGCGCCGAGGAGAAUUCAUCAGGGAAAUUAGGAGACAGCUGGAAGCCUGUCAAAGGGAGAAAACAUUUGAAGUGAAGUUUGAGGUCCACAAACAGCAAUGGGAGAAUCCCCGUGCUCUCAGCUUCGUGCUUAGAUCCCCUCAGCUCUAUGAGUGGGUGCAGUUUGAUGUCCUGCCCGCUUUUGAUGCCCUGGGUCAGUUGACCAGAGGCUACAGACCUGACCCUAAAGUCUACAUCCAGCUUAUCCAAGAGUGCGAGUCCCUGAGGAAAGAGGGCGAGUUCUCCCCCUGCUUCACGGAACUGCAGCGAGCCUUCCUGAAGGAUUGUCCAACCAAGCUGAAGAGCCUCAUCCGCCUUGUGAAGCACUGGUACCAAAUGUGUAAGGAGAAGCUUGGGAAGCCGCUGCCCCCGCAGUAUGCCCUGGAGCUUCUGACAGUCUAUGCUUGGGAGCAAGGAAGCAUGGAAACAAGAUUCAGCACAGCUCAGGGAUUUCAGACGGUCUUGGAAUUAGUCCUGAAGCAUCAGAAGCUUUGCAUCUACUGGGAGAAGUAUUAUGACUUUGAAAACCCUAUUAUUGGACAAUACCUGUUAAGGCAACUUGCAAAACGCAGGCCUGUGAUUCUGGACCCGGCUGACCCUACAGGAGACGUUGGUGGUGGAGACUCAUAUAGCUGGGAGCGGCUGGCACAAGAGGCUAGAGCCUGGCUGAGUUACCCAUGCUUUAAGAAAGGGGAUGGGUCUCCAGUAGGCUCCUGGAAUGUGUCGCCCAAAGACCAUAGUGACCUGAUAUACAAGACCUAUGGUUUUAGACAGCGCUAUGGAACCUCUCCGAGACUCACACACCAGAGAGGAGCCCCUCCCCAGGUGGAAGAGAAUUGGACAUGUGCCAUCCUCUGAACGCCAGAAUCUCCUAAAGGCAAGGUAGCAUUUUCCCACAGCUCCCUCCCCACCAGAGCCUGUUCUCCGACAAUAUCCUCUAGAGACAGCAGGAGAGACUCAGACAAAAAAGAGGAAUCCCAGUCUUCACGCUCUUCUCUGUACCUGGUGGGAGGGUUGUGGUCCAAUUUAUUGUCAAUAAC